AUAGUAGAAGAAGAAGACUUCCGGGUUGGUUUGUUUUGCUUUUGUUGUCCCGGCAGUUAACUUCAAGCUAAACAUGUCAGCUACAGAGGACGACACCGAGCUGCGGGACCUGCUGAUCCAGAACCUGGAGAACAACGGAGUCCUCAACAAGCUCAAGGCAGAGAUGAGGGCAGCUGUUUUCCUGGCGAUGGAGGAGCAGGACAAACUGGAGAAUAAAAGUCCUCUAGUCAACGAGAACCUGAAGAAAUGUCUCAACACCAGAGACGGACGUCUGGUGGCCGGUCUCAUCGUUGACUUCCUGCAGGUCUUUAACCUCGACUUCAGCCUGGCAGUGUUCCAGCCGGAGACCAACUCGGCGAGUCUCAACAGCGUGGACAGUCGUGAAGUUGUCUGUAGAGAUCUUGGUCUCUCAGAGUCUGAGGUGAACAGGAAGUGUCCUCUGCUGCUGGAGCUGGUGACGAGAGGACGACACAAAGCUUCUGAGGAGCCGUCUCAGAAACGCAUCACACUCGCUCAGAAGACGUUUGACCUCUACGACAAGGACGGGAGCGGCUCGGUUGGAAGAGAAGAUGUGAAGAACGUCUUCACAGAUCUGUUCCCCGGUCUGAACAAGACCAUGUUGGAGCACUUCAUCACCGAUGAGCUCCGCGCUGCAGACCAGAGCUUCCCCUGCACUGUUGACUUCCAGAUGUUCGUGGGUUUCUACAAGCGUCUCUUCUCCCAGUGCCGAGCUGUGGUGUUUCAGGACUCCUCGGGUGGGUCUCCUGAGCAGAAGGUCCACUCGCCUGUCAGUAAGCACCUGGACAGUAAGGCCUCUCUGGGUAAAGUAGACGUCCAGCUGCCACGGUCCAGACCCGGUGGGGCGUCUCUGGGCCCCGAGAGGAGGCACGUAGACCAGGAGGAGGAGGAGGAGGAGGAGGAGGAGGAGGAGGGCGGAGAUUCGUUCUUUGACGACCCGAUGCCCAAACCACAGAAGACCUACGGCUGUAACGUCCCCCUGAGGAAGGCGUGUCUCUCUGCGCCGGUUGUGUCCCCCAUGAGGAGGGACAGAAGCCUUAGCGAGUGAGUCGCUACGUCCUCGUGUCUGAACAGACCGGUUUCCCAGCAUGCAUCAGUGUGGCUGUUAACUGUGUAACUCAGUGUGAAAGAACGAACGAACGUGAUGAAAAUUGGAUUCAGCCAAACAACUUCUGUCGUUGUGGUAGAUUUAUUUGUCAGAUCACAGCUCAAGUAUCAGCGCUGCGUUUGCAAAGGCAGGAGCCGUUCUGUCGCCCGCAGGCCGAAGAACAACUGACUGACAUCAGGAAGAACGCUGCGUUUUGUACUUGUUAGAUAUAGAAGAAAAGAUUCUAUUGGCGUGGGGGAGGAGCAGGUCCUCCUCUCGUCCUUAUCAGACCUGCGUCUGCCCGGUUGCCACUUUCUGCUUUGCCCUCUGACCUUGGACUCCUCAAGACAGUGACUCCCUAAAUGAGCCCUAAGAACCCCUUUGAUUACGUUCACCCUCAUUGGUCACUGCUGCUGAAGCUCUGGUCUUUAACGCUUUAACCUAUGAAGUCGUUAACCCGCGCGUCAUGUCAUCGGUAGGCUGAACCCUGAGAUAUAAACCGCCUUUGACGUUGUGGGACAUCAGUGAGACGUCUCAGAGGACGACUGUAACCAAGUCAUUGAAGACUCGUGUGCUCUGAGGUGGAGGGGGUCAAACAGUCAGUCUCUGUGAGGACAGUAAAGGACUAAAGGGACAUGUUUGUCUAGCCGGCCAGCGUUUGUGAGACAAGGAGAAAAGGUGAUGCGGUGACCAGCGUUAAGACGUCUACAGCGUCUCCAUUUCUCCAUCCUUUCUAUUCUGGAUUAUUAUCAUUAUUAUUACGUGAACAGAUAAUCAGUUCAGACUUUUGGUCAGAUCAUCAAAGACCGUGUUUCUAAAAGCUCGAGGGUUCAUCAGACGUGGAUGUGGAGGCGAAACACGCUUUGACUCCAUGUGAAGUUUGUUAGACGAAACCAAACUGCACCGAGCCUCGUUUGUAUGAUCGAUUAUUCUACUUUGCCGUCCUUUUUUGAUUACUGUCCUCAUCCCGCUGUGUCCCCUUUUUACAUACAGGGAGAGGACGUGUUUACGUACAGCGAGAGGACGUGUUUACGUACAGCGAGAAGACGUGUUUACGUACAGCGAGAGGACGUGUUUACGUACACGGAGAGGACGUGUUUACGUACAGGGAGAGGACGUGUUUACGUACAGCGAGAGGACGUGUUUACGUACAGCGAGAGGACGUGUUUACGUACAGCGAGAGGACGUGUUUACGUACAGCGAGAGGACGUGUUUACGUACAGGGAGAGGACGUGUUUACGUACAGGGAGAGGACGUGUUUACGUACAGGGAGAGGACGUGUUUACGUACAGCGAGAGGACGUGUUUACGUACAGGGAGAGGACGUGUUUACGUACAGGGAGAGGACGUGUUUACGUACAGCGAGAGGACGUGUUUACGUACAGGGAGAGGACGUGUUUACGUACUUGGAGAGGACGUGUUUACGUACAGCGAGAGGACGUGUUUACGUACAGCGAGAGGACGUGUUUACGUACAGCGAGAGGACGUGUUUACGUACAGGGAGAGGACGUGUUUACGUACAGGGAGAGGACGUGUUUACGUACAGCGUGAGGACGUGUUUACGUACAGGGAGAGGACGUGUUUACGUACAGGGAGAGGACGUGUUUACGUACAGCGUGAGGACGUGUUUACGUACAGCGAGAGGACGUGUUUACGUACAGCGUGAGGACGUGUUUACGUACAGGGAGAGGACGUGUUUACGUAGAUGGAGAGGACGUGUUUACGUACAGCGAG